AUGAAUGAAGUUGAAAGCAACAAUCACACUCCUCUUCAUCCAGAUAUUCCCACAGAGGACCAGAUAGAAGAGGAAGCUAACAGCAGGCGAGGGAUUCUUCGAUAUUUCAGGGUAGCAAAAGUAGAGUACACAAAAUUCACUGUUUUGGGAUUGAUGUUUGGAAUAAUUGGUUUCAUAUACUCGUUCAUGAGGAUUCUUAAGGACAUGUUUGUGAUGGUGAGACAGGAGCCUACAACAAUACUGUUCAUCAAGAUCUUUUACAUUCUUCCUGUUUCCAUGGCCCUUGUGUUCCUCAUACAAUAUAUGCUGGGGACAAAGACGGUGUCGCGAAUCUUCUCCAUCUUUUGCGGGGGAUUUGCAUCUCUGUUCUUUUUCUGUGGUGUUGUGUUUCUGAUUGAGGAGCAAGUUGCUCCUUCCAAGUUUCUCUUCCGUGACAUGUUUGUUGACGGGAAGAUGUCCACUAGAGGCCUCAAUGUCUUCAAAUCGAUGUUUCUGACCUUAAAUGAGCCUCUUGCCACAAUCGUCUUCAUCUCGGCCGAGAUGUGGGGAAGCCUUGUCCUGUCCUAUCUUUUCCUGAGUUUUCUGAAUGAAUCGUGCACAAUCAAACAGUUUUCGAGGUUUAUUCCCCCUCUCAUAAUCAUCACAAACGUGUCGUUGUUUCUUUCUGCAACAGUGGCUGGAGCCUUUUUCAAGCUUCGAGAAAAACUAGCCUACCAACAAAAUCAGUUUCUACUCUCGGGAAUAUUCAUCUCCCAAGGCCUUCUUGUGGUCUUGGUGAUCUUCCUGAAGAUAUAUCUUGAGAGAGUGGCAAUGAAAAAGCCCUUGUUCAUCGUCUCCUCCGGAUCAAGAAGAAAGAAAGCUAAGCCCAACGUGUCUUUUUCAGAGGGCCUUGAGAUCAUGUCGCAGUCAAAGUUACUUCUUGCCAUGUCUCUCAUUGUCUUGUUCUUCAACAUUUCCUACAACAUGAUCGAGUCUACAUUCAAAGUCGGAGUUAAGGUUGCUGCAGAAUACUUCAAUGAAGAGAAGGGCAAGUACUCCGGAAAGUUCAAUAGAAUUGACCAGUAUCUUACCUCGACAGUGGUCAUAUGUCUCAACUUGUCGCCCUUUUCAAGCUAUGUUGAGACAAGAGGAUUUCUUCUUGUUGGGGUCAUAACGCCGAUUGUGACGCUUCUGGCCAUUACUCUUUUCUUGGGGUCUUCACUUUACAACACCAGUAUGGAAGAGUCUGGAAUUGGAAUUGUAAAUAGCCUCUUUCCAAGAGGAAAGCCACUUUACAUUCUUGAAAAUUACUCCGGGAUAAUCUUCAUGUCCUUGCUGAAGAUCACAAAGUACUCUGCAUUUGACAUCUGUAAGGAGAAGCUUGGGAUGAGAAUCAAUCCCACAUACCGGGCAAGAUUCAAGAGUGUGUACGAUGGGAUCUUUGGAAAGCUUGGGAAAUCAAUAGGAUCCAUAUAUGGAUUACUGAUGUUCGAAGCCUUAGACACCGAGGACCUUAGAAAGGCAACACCCAUAACUGUGGGAAUCAUCUUCAUCUUUGUUGUUAUGUGGAUAAAAGCAAUCAUCUAUCUGUCAAGAUCCUAUGAUUCUGCAGUACUACACAAUAGAGACGUCGACAUCGAUAUGACUGAGAAGGCCAAGAAAAGUAUGGAAACAUCCGAGCCUUCAAAAGCUGUAGAUUAA